AGUCAUCACAACAAAUUUUGCAUAUUAAUCAUUAUAUAUCCUUCCUGCUAUUCAACAAAAAUGCAGCCUCUUUCACUAUCUAUUGAGAAAGAAUUUACUCAAAACUCAGAAAGAGUUAAAUCUGUGGAUCAACAUCCAACUGAGCCAUGGAUUCUAGUAAGUUUGUAUUCAGGAACUGUUUGUAUCUGGAACUACCAGUCACAGGUCAUGGAGAAGUCCUUCAAGGUCACUGAGUCACCAGUGAGGUCAGCCAAGUUCAUAGCACGCAAAAACUGGAUUGUCACCGCAUCUGAUGACAAAUAUAUUCGCGUAUACAACUAUGAUACGGUGGAAAAGAUCAAAGAAUAUGAAGCACACACAGACUUUAUCAGGAGUGUUGCUAUCCAUCCCACUCUACCAUAUCUGUUGUCAUGUUCUGAUGACAAGGUUAUAAAGCUUUGGGAUUGGGAGAAGGAUUGGUCAUGUAUUCAGAUCUUCAAGGGGCAUUCGCACUAUGUGAUGCAAGUGGCAUUUAAUCCGAAAGACACCAAUACUUUUGCUAGUGCAUCGCUUGAUGGCGCCAUUAAGGUAUGGGACAUUGAAACCAAAAGUUGUGUGCAAACUCUAGAAGGUCAUGAGCACAAUGUAACAGCUGUAUGUGUUCAUGCUGAGCUUCCCAUAAUAAUUACAGUUUCUGAGGAUGGGAACAUUCACAUAUGGAAUGCAACCACUUUUAGGCUAGAGAACGAAUUGAACUAUGGUCUUGAAAGAGUAUGGGCCAUUGGACAGUUGAAAGGAUCAAACAAGGUUGCAUUUGGUUUUGACAAAGGAACCAUUGUGGUUGAAGUGAAUGGCUCUCAUACUUGGGAUUCUGUUGACCUCCAAGCUUAGAAGGAAAGGUUGAAGGAAUAAAGACAUCGAAUGCUGCACGAUUUGUACUGUGUUCUCCGAAGUAAUUAGACUAAAGGAAUAUUUAAUUUCACUUAAAACUUGCUGUUCCUGCUAUUACUGUUGUAUGAUUUGCAAAUAAAACUUAUCUUUGUGUGUUUUGUAGUAUAUCCCAUGAGGGAACAUGUUGUAAGGAUCAAUCGAAAUGGAAUGUUAUAUGUGUUCUUUAACAAA